CUAACAUGCGUUGACGCCGUUUGUCCCCCUCUUCCCAUGAACGUUUUGUGGCUGCUGGGGACGUUGCUUCUUACGCCGCUGCAUCUGGGCCUGACCUGGAAUGACUUGCUGGACUUGCACCGUUGGAUCCGUCAGAAGUGGCUAGAGAGAGCAGAGGCCUUGGAGAGAGCUCAAUGCUCGGUGCUCGCGAUGAAAGAAGCCAGGGUCGAGGAAGAGAUGACCAAGUUUCGCAAGAGGAAUUUCAAGUUAUUCAGCCGUUGCUUUUCUCAUUUGGAUUUUGCAUUGUCCGUUCUUAUGCUUUACCAAGCCUGGGCAACCCCUGGGCUGGACUCAGCCACUUGGGCAACUUGUUGCGUAGUGGGCUACUUGCUCUUCACCGCGGUCGCACAGGACUUUCUGGAGCUGACUCCGCAUCGGCUCAAGUUCAUCACCUACUUCUUGCAUCUAGCUGCGGUGGCAUCCUUUGUCUCUACGGCUUGGUCUGGCGCUUGGCUGCGAUCUACGAUGCAAGGAUUUCACUCUGCAGUACGCUUCUGCCUGGUGCUGGCACUCUUGGAUCCCAAAAUCACAAUUCCUUUCCAAGUGCUGUACACUCUCGUCGAGGUGCUUCUACAUGUUUGUGUGAUGGAGGAUGGCGAUUUCUGGGUGCAACUGGGAUCCUUUAGCUCAGGGCAACUCUUUAUUUUGGUGGAAACCAUCGCCUCAUCAGUCUUCAUCGAUAUGGGACUUCGUGGGCGCAUCUAUGCACAGCUGGACACUGCGGAUGCAGAGUCCUUGCUUGGCAGCUUCCGGAGACUCCUGCAAGGUGUUUGUGAUGGCGAGGUGCUCUUGGACAGCCAGAUGAAUGUGGCUCAGGAGAGCCAGUGUUUAAAACAUCUCAUUCUCACUGAUGUAAGUCUUCAGGGCCGUUCCUUUGAACAUCUACUUCUCGAUGAUGAGCAGCUUACUCGCUUUCGCGAAUUUGUGGAGGCCUCGAUUGAAGCUAAUCACGCCCCAGAGACUAAAGGCACAACUCCCUUGUGCCUGCGGGUGUCUUUUCGUGGCUCUGCUGGCAUUCGCGUUGCGACGGAUAUUUUCCACGUGCCUGUUCCAGGCCUGUUUGGUGCCGAUGAACCCUACCAUCUCAUCGCAUUCAAAGAGGAUCCUGAGUCUCGGCCACAACCUGAAGCUGGGGAAGAUGCCGUGCCAUCGGUGCUUUUGCAUACCAAUCCAGGCAGUCAUGGGUUGCGCAAGUCGCGGGCAGACUCCAACUCCAUGUCGGGAAGCACUGGAAGGUCGCAGGAGGAGGCCUUUUGUACGGAAUUGAAGGAGAUGACUUUGCUCCUGGAUGUCGAUUCAGAGCUGCUGGAUGUCCUCGAGGUGCAUUUGGGGUUUCAACGUGAUGAGCGGCCGAACGACCUUCCUUCUGCCUUGCAAUCGACCAUGCCCAGCUUGCGUAAGCUGGUCAAACCCACUGACUGGGAGAAGAUUCGGUCAGCAGCACUCAAGUUUACAGAGAGGUCUUUGCGUGACCCAAACAUUCAACCCCGAGUGCACAGACAGAUGUUUUGUCGCCUGCCGGGCUCCGGCCGGGCCAUUGCGGAUGAAGCCGCCUUCAAGCGCUUCCCCAACGAAGACUAUCCGGGGCACAAGGUGUGGUUCCACGUGUCGGGCUUCCGCCCGGACGUCCGCCGGUCCUUCUGCCCCAAGAAUCCGCUCGUCCAAAUCCAAGAAUCCGCUGGGACGGCGGGGCGCGCCGGGCUGCGUGCCCGGCACCGAUGAGGAAAGACAACAGGUCUCAUGAUGGAUGUGAGGCGCACGGCACCUGGCAUCACCUGGCAGCGACCGGGUGGCUGUUUUCGAAGCCGAGCCUACCAAGCUCGAGAGGGCGGCGCGGCGGCGCUUUCCCGCUCCACCGCCCCGUGAUCGGUGACAGGGGUGAGAGCCACUGGGAAGUUUGCCAUUUGGUUUGUGCGACGCCUGGCUUGCCGCAGCCCUUAAGCCUGAGAAAGGAGAAAGACCGAAGCUUGUGCCAGCAGUCACAAAGGGGUGCGAUCCAUGGAGGUUUGGGGUGCCC